AUGUUCGACAGUGAGCGUACGCCACAAGAACUUCAGAAGGAAGAAUUGUUUGUCUUGUUGUCCGUCUUUCCUGAUGUAAUUGUCUCGGUCGACGGCCUAGAAUGCAAACCUCUGAACUGUGUCGACAGCUUGCGUGUGAUUGGUGAUGCGGCUUUUCCGUUAAACAUAUCUGUCGCGCUCCACUCUGGUUUUCGAAAAAAGCAUGAAAAAACGCACAAAGGCGCGCACAAUACCGGGUUGCCGAAGAACAAACAUACGGUGUUGUUGCGUGUCACCUGUGAUACAGCCUACCCUAAGUCAUCGCCCAGUCUUCAGAUUCAAGGUUCAAAGCGCUUAUCUUCAGACGUCUUGUCUGGCCUCAACGCUCGACUUCAGAAUAUUGUUGUGGCAAUGCGGGGACAGGUGUGCAUUAAAGAGAUCAUAGAGACGGGUCUUGAAUACCUGAAGUCUGUCACCGAAGCCCAUAAACGUCAGCACCUUACGAUUUCCCGGUUGAAACAACAACCCACGGGUGUAGAGGAGUCGAUAGAAGAGCGCAUCUGUGUCAAGGAGCUCAAUUGCCUUCGGGAGGCCGUUACCUGGAGAAUUGCAGACGCCCACUCAGCGCUACAAAAACGAAAACAAGAAGAAGCGGAACUUGCUAAACUGUUUGCGCGGGGUGUCCGUUCUAGCACCACCGACAUGGAGGUUCACAUGGUGAAGGACGAAGGAUGUUCUCUUUCCAGGCACAGAUGUUCCUGUUCCUUUAGGAUUCCAGUUUUGAUUCCAUCAAAACCCUCUAAAUCCACGCACACCACUCUGUCUACGACCAACGAGAUUGAAAUUAAUCGUGGUUGCUGUAUAGAUGGUCCGCAUCUGAAACCACUAUCUUCUCACAGCCGUUCCUCCACCGAUGUCUCUCCGAGCAUGUUUCCUUGCAAAGCCCGGUUUGAUGGUAUACACACUGGGACCGGUCAAACAGUGCGUAUCGAUGAAUGGGUCAUCUCGUGCAGCAUAGCUACAGGAAAACUUGGCGCAUCCGUCAGUACUACUGGAAAACUUGGCGCAUCCGUCAGUAGUGCCUUCUUGGACACAUUGAACAGUAUUUCAUCGCAGAUCGUUCGUUUUACGCGCUGCUCGUCUUCGUCUGCUGUUGGUCUUUGUCCUAUUGUAGCUUUUCAACACUUGAGAAAUCGAGCACCAUCAGGGGAGGUGAAAUUAACGCCAAACAAGCAGACAGACACUCAGUGGCAUGGAUGGUCGAUCGUGAGAAUUGUUAGUGAUCAGCCGCCUGGCAUUUGCCUGACCAACUUGAUGAGUAGCCACACAUUUGUCCGACACCAGCUGGUAUGCGAAAACACAGUGACUUGCGGAACAACCGGGCAGUCCUAUCGUUUUCACGCAAUCAAUGCGCUCCAUCUAUCUUGGAUUCGAAACGUAGUUCAACAACUGGUCUGUAUUUUGGCUUGGCUUCAUGACUGUUCAAUGGCCCACAGAAACUUACAGGUACUGGAUCAACUUGUCGAAGACAGCACUGUAUCCUACGUUAAUCCUUCAGUCGGAGCAAAAAAGCCGCACAACACGCGGAAGCGUUUUCAAAGACACGUACAGCGCAGGGACAUUUACCAACUGGGCAUUGUUGUGUUAUAUUUGGUCACUGGUCAGCAACUGCUCACUGACAGCUCAUCCCGAUCUGAUGCGGCAAUUUCAGACAUGCUGCGCGCGAUUUCACCGAACCAUCCGUCUUUGGCUGAUUUUGUGUCCUCCUGUCUCAAUGGUCGACCGGACCUAUCGCCCAAAUUAUUGCUGUCUCAUCCACUCCUGCUUGGUUACACGGAUUUGGACUUGCAAGGCUCCAUGUUGGGAAAUUCCGCGCUGGAUGUGACACAAACCGACCAAUUUAUUGCCGCCAAACCUGGAUUACAGCCACCGAAUCUGUCAAGCAAUACGAAGAAACCGAGGUUACUGGAGGAUUUUGAAGACUUUAGUGUUAUUGGCAAAGGUGGAUUUGGCUGUGUUCUGAAGGCUCGUAAUAUCAUAGAGGAUCGGGAUUACGCAAUCAAGUGCAUCAAAAUAGACGAUAGUCAAGUGGAAAUCUUGUUUCGAGAGAUACGCACUCUUUCUGCACUUCAACACGACAACAUUGUGCGUUACUUCACUUCGUGGCAGGACACAUUUUGUCGACCACUUCCGCUUCCCACUAUGCCAUGGUCAGAAUCCGUCGUUAGACCCGGCGACAGCAGCAGUGACGGCGAUUCAUCCGAUGUGACCAGUGAGUUGUCGUCCACUUCCGAAGAUGAUCAGGUGGACCUUGAUUCAAACCGGAACUCUUCGAUUGGUGUUUCUGAUUGGGAUCCUGUUCAUAAAUGCGAGGCGAACGACAGAGUAAAACAUAGGACCACACCGUUUUCUACCACUUCUCGUGAAAUGUCAUGGUAUCGUGGAGCAGACAAAACCUCGAAUUCACGAACGCGGUUUUUCCGUCGUGCUUCUUCCCCCAGUGUGGACCGAUCGUCAUCCUCGGAGUCGAAGCUGAGCAGCAGUUCCAAUCGAUGUCGACAGACUACUUCAAUUCGCCUUGGACAGGUAGACGAAGUCAGCGACAAAUUUCAUGUGUCAUUUCGUCCAGAAAGUGGUGCGGCACCCAAUCAACUCUCCACAGGCUCGGACUCAAGUGCCUCUUCAGAAAAGCAGAGUAGAGGUGAUGCAUCAAAGCCCUCGCGACGUCAUAUAAGGUACAUGAUUAUUCAGAUGGAGCUUUGUCCAUCCAAAACACUACGUCACGUAAUUGACUGUGAAGGCCUCUCGACUAAUCCCGACCGAGCCUGGAGUUUGUUCCGUGAAUUGACUGACGGACUGGCCUAUAUUCAUUCGAAAAAUGUAAUCCACCGCGAUCUGAAGCCGGCGAACAUUAUGGUAGAUGCAAGUGAUCACGUGAAGAUUGUGGACUUUGGUUUGGCCACACGAUCUGUUACCGACCGGAUUGAACAUGAGGCGGGUCUGCCGUCCGGUACAGAGUUUGUUGGCACCACUCCGCUCAGUUCAAGCAAUAUGGAUUGUAAACCCACCGGAUCCGGGCACACCGAAACAUCGACGGACACUCCGACUGAACAGCUAAAUCCAACUUUACUUGGACGUUCAAUGACACGAGACGUGGGCACCUAUUUGUACAUGAGCCCAGAGAUACUGAACAGUCACCGAGCUCGUCUUUUUUACGAUGAGCGUGUCGAUAUCUACAGUCUUGGUGUGAUUCUGUUCGAAAUGUUCUACCGAGCCAUGCCUAGCGUACAUGAGCGUGUCGAAGUGUUGACCGCACUGCGCAGCGAACACAUCAUCUUCCCGAUGGACUGGAGCUCCAAACGUUUGUCCAACCAAACUCGUCUUAUUCGAAUGAUGUUACAACAUGACCCGGAUCGUCGAAUCAGUGCUUCGGACCUUCUGGCUUCUCCCUACGUUCCCCCGUUGAAAUCCACGGAGGCCGCGUUCCGCAAACAGCUUGUUGAAGCAUGCAAAGAACCAGAUGGGAAAUUGUAUCGGUUCAUAAUGCACACUCUUUUCUCUCAGUCCUGUUCUCGCACAUCAGAUAUGCUCUAUGACCAGCAAAUGAGACUGGACUAUCCACUGGCUAAUUUGUACGCUCAGGAAUCUACUGUGGGAUCGGAAUUUCAAAACUAUUGGAUUGGACUAAGGGAGUCGUUGACUGAUCAUCAACUGGUGUCGGUUUGUCAGAGGGUUCAUAGACAUAUCGUCCAGAAGUUGGAGUCAAUUUUCCUCAUUCACAACGGCGUCUACCUGCAACCUCCCCUACUAGUUCCUGUCAGCGCGGCUGUCCUUCCUCGUCGUUUAAUUCGAUAUACUACCCAGGACAGUGGUCAGUCGGUCGAACAAGCCAUUUUGAAGACACGCAAUACGGCGCCACCCGCUAGUCCGGUGCUGUUGGACAGUUACGGAACUCAAAUGUGCCUUCCGGAGUCUUUGCAUCUGCCUUUUGCUCGUUUUCUCGCCAGAUCUGGCUCCACCCUGAUUCGUGACGUAGAACAUUUCUAUUUGAAACAUUACCAGUUUGGAAAAGUCUAUACUACCACAACCACGCCUCAUCAUGCCCCUUCAUCAGCUGAUCUGGCAUGGAGCCUUUCCACGGAGAUGGAUCAGGCUGUGUUCGAUAUCGUCACUCCCUCGUUCAGUCCUCAUGCCGUCAUCGAGAUGUUUGCUGUACUACGUGAGGCAGUUUUACAGCGAGGCAAAUUACAGCAAUCAGCUCGCUAUAUUCUGUAUCUCAGUCACACGAAUCUAAUUGAAGCCAUAUUUGCGCAGUUGGAUGUUCCUCCUGAUUCCUGCGCCUCUUUAUGGCACCAUCUGGCCGAGGCUAACUCAUGUCCAACUGCUGCUCCAGCGAACGGGCAUCACAUCGGUGUGGAAAACCUUGUGACACGGCGCCUCUCACUCCCUGCUUUAUUCACUGGGGAUUCGGCUCGUUUGCAUUUUCAGCGGCAGUUUCUUCGACUGUUGCAUUUUGAAUCAACAGAUCCAACGCAGUUGCGCUCUGUCAUAUUGCAGUCUGCUCCGGAACCUCGUUCACAUGUGCGCCGGCGUGUGGAUGAUGCUGUCAAACAGCUGGAGGAGAUCUCACUGCUCUGUCACAAAUUUGGCCUGCAGGACACGUUUCAGCUAUCGUUCACGUCGGGCCUUGUGCUUCCGUGUCACUAUUACCAAGGACUGGUGUUUCAGUUGGUGGUAGACUGUGUACAAUCACAAGCCGACUCAUCCCCGUCCACUCAACGCAUGCUCUCACUGAAUCAGCUUCCGACAGGAACUGGGGAGGACGGAAGUAGAAAACCACUAUUAACCCAAUGCCCCACAAAGUUGGGUAGGUCGAAGAAUCCCAUUUCGGUUGAAGACUCUUCGAGCAACACAGUUGAUGGGCAUCGGAUGCUGAUGGUGUUAGCUCAGGGUGGAGAAUACAGUCAUUUGGUUGCAAAGCACUGCCUCCCCAAGGGCUAUGCCAAUAUCAGACUUUUUGCAAACGAAACGCCAGCACCAACACCACUUCCCCAGCCGACCAUCCACAGCUUGAGUCUUGCUGAAUGUCCCCACGUGAUUGGACUCACGUUCUACACCGAACGCCUUGUUUGGCUACAGUUCACUUUGUCUGCUAACUUGACCUCCCUUCUGGCCAGUUUGACACCCCCGCCUGAUCCACAUAUGUGCCAGAUUCUUCUCAGUUGGGGUGUGCGCGAAACAGAUAAUGUUCAGGAACUGUACAGCAACCCAUUUAAACAUUUACCAUCCGUAUCCGCCCGUCGCACUACAAGCGGCCCACAACGCUCCGGGACUGACUCAUCUCAAGUUGGAACUCAUGGAAAUACUCAGUCCACUUACGAUCACACUAAUUUAAUCACCGGUAGCCAGUCCAGCACCAGCAUGGCGCCCUCCGCUGGCUCCGUCUCGACCGUUGGCAUCGGUUUACCUCUCGAAUCGUUGGUCCAAACAGAAGACGGAUUGCGACUCGUAUAUAACUUGGCAAAGAAGCUAUGGAGCUCCGGUUUGCCGUGUGAGAUUUUAACCAGUGCGGAUUCCGAUGUCAUACGGGCUGCUGAGAACCGCGCCGCUGAAUUCGCUAUCAGAGUAAACCUGUUAGUUCCUUCCACUGUAGCCAAGACCAAUCAGGCUGCCGGUAAAAAAUACCCGUCUGCUGUCACCUACCAGCUAUGGACAAGACAUGAAGCGUUGCAUGUUUCUGGACAAUGUGUGAUGGUUGGUGGAAUACGUCGUCCGGACCCUGACUCUGUAGUAGCACAUAUACUUGCUCGUCUUCCCACGCGUCAGUCUGCCGGUGAGGCUUCUCCACCGUCCAGUGCUUCAAAUGGAGAUCUGAUACAUCUAAGUAAAAACGCCUCUUCAACUGGUUUACCGGAAAACCUCAAUGCCAAAUCGAAAUCUAUCGGUACCAUGUCAAUCAUUGGAUCCAGUGAUUGGGGCGAAGACUCACAAUCUCCAUCGGAAUUGAACAGCAGACCUUGUCGGCUCGCUCGAUUUUCACAUUUUGUUGGAGCCUUUGUGAACCACGUCCUUAUUCUCUCAGUGGUCAACGUUGCUGAUCCAAAUAGAAAGGAUGGUCGACUCACAUCAGUGGAGGAGUACACAUGUACUCACAAUCCACAAGUACUGGUGAUUUUAGAUAUUUUACCUGAUUUUGUAAACAAACGAGAUUCGUGA